AUGUAUUUCUUUGAUCGAUUUGGACAUUAUUUAUUUUUUUUUUAUCGCUUGGCUUCUAUCCUGCUUUCUAUACUUCGAUCAUUCCUUCUUUGGUCAUUCCUUCCUUCCUUCCUUCCUUCUUUGGUCAUCACUUCCUUCUUUGGUCAUUACUUCCUUCCUUCUUUGGUCAUUCCUUCCUUCAUUCUUUCUUUAGUCAUUCCUUCUUUCAUUCCUUCUUUGGUCAUUCCUUCCUUCAUUCCUUCUUUAGUCAUUCCGUCCUUCAUUCCUUCUUUGGUUAUUCCUUCAUUCAUUCCUUCUUUGGUCAUUCCUCCCUUCCAUCUUUGGUCAUUCUUCCCUUCCUUCUUUCUUUGGUCAUUCCUUCCUUCAUUCCUUCUUUGGUCAUUCCUUCUUUCCUUCUUUGGUCAUUCCUUCCUUCCUUCUUUGGUCAUUACUUCAUUCCUUCUUUGGUCAUUCCUUCCUUCAUUCCUUCCUUCCUUCUUUGGUCAUCACUUCCUUCUUUGGUCAUUACUUCCUUCCUUCUUUGGUCAUUCCUUCCUUCAUUCUUUCUUUAGUCAUUCCUUCCUUCAUUUCUUCUUUGGUCAUUCCUUCCUUCAUUCCUUCUUUGGUCAUUCCGUCCUUCAUUCCUUCUUUGGUUAUUCCUUCAUUCAUUCCUUCUUUGGUCAUUCCUCCCUUCCAUCUUUGGUCAUUCUUUCCUUCCUUCCUUCUUUGGUCAUUCCUUCCUUCAUUCCUUCUAUGGUCAUUCCUUCUUUCCUUCUUUGA